AUGAGACUGAGGAAAUGGUAUAUGCGGGAAGGUGAUGGAGUUAUUAAGGGUGCUGGAAAUGUAGAUGAAGUGACACUGCUACUUCUUGAGGCUUCAUCGGGUUGUGAACUGCUCAAACUGCUGUCAAAACCUGAAGAAACUCCACUGGAACUCGGUGAUGUUACGGAUGAUCCACUGAUUGAACUUUCUGAUGACAGACUGACUGAGCUUUCCUCAGAAGAAAUAAAGCUCUCAGAUUCCGAAGAACUUGAGCCAAAUGAAUUUUGUGAUGUUGAAGAAAGUCCACUGCUUGAACUUUCUGAUGAUACAAUGACUGAACUUUCUUCUGAAGAAAUAAAACUAUCAGAAUCCAAAGAACUUGAUCCACUUAAACUCUGUGAAGUCGAAGAUCUACUGCUUGAACUUUGUGAUGACAGACUGACUGAGCUUUCUUCUGAAGAACUAAAACUAUCAGAACCCGAAGAACUUAAACCACUCGAACUUGGUGAUACUGAAGAAGACUCACUGUUUGAACUCUCUGAAGACACAAUGACUGAGCUUUCUUCUGACGAACUAAAAUUGUCAGAAGCAGAAGAACUUGAUCCACUUGAACUUUGUGAUGUUGAGGAAGAUCCACUACUUGAAAAUUGUGAUGACUCACUGACUGAGCUUACAACUGAAGAACUAAAGCUGUCAAAAGCUGAAGAACUUGAACCACUUGAUCUUUCCGAUGAUGAAGAAGAUGCACUGCUUGAACUUUCUGAUGACAGACUGACUGAGCUUUCUUCUGAAGAACCAAAGCUGUCAGAAACACAUGAACUUGAUCCACUGGAACUUGGUGAUUCUGAAGAAGAUCCACUGCUUGAACUUUCUGAAGACACAUUGACCGAGCUUUCCUCUGACGAACUUAAAUUAUCAGAAGAACUUGAUCCACUCAAACUUUGUGAUGUUGAGGAAGAUCCACUGUUUGAACUUUGUGAUGACAGACUGACUGAGCUUCCUUCUGAAGAACUAAAGCUGUCAGAACCCGAAAAACCUGAACCACUGGAACUUGAUGAUUCUGAGGAAGAUCCACUGCUUGAACUUUCUGAUGACACACUUGCUGAGCUUUCCUCUGACGAACUAAAAUUUUCAAAAGCAGAAGAACUUGAUCCACUUAAACUUCGUGAUGUUGAGGAAGAUCCACUGCUUGAAAAUUGUGACGACUCACUGACUGAGCUUACACCUGAAGAACUAAAGCUGUCAGAACCCGAAGAACUUGAACCACUGAAACUUGGUGAUUCUGAAGAAGAUCCACUGCUUGAACUUUGUGAUGAAAGACUGACUGAGCUUUCUUCAGAAGAACUAAAGCUGACAGAAACCGAAGAACUUGAACCACUUGAUCUUUGUGAUGAGGAAGAAGAUCCACUGCUUGAACUUUGUGAUGAUAGACUGACUGAGCUUUCUUCUGAAGAACUAAAGCUGUCAGAACCCGAAGAACUUGAACCACUGGAACUUGGUGAUUCUGAAGAAGAUCCACUGCUUGAACUUUCUGAAGACACACUGACCGAGCUUUCCUCUGACGAACUUAAAAUAUCAGAAGAAAAAGAACUUGAUCCACUAAAACUUUGUGACGUUGAGGAAGAUCUACUGUUUGAAUUUUGUGAUAACAGACUGAUUGAGCUUUCUUCUGAAGAACUAAAGCUGUCAGAUAACGAAGAACUUGAUCCACUGGAACUUUGUGAUGUCGAAGAAGAUCCAGUGCUAGAACUUUGUGAUGAUGAAGUAGAACUCUCUUCAACAAAAGAUGAUCCACUGCUUGAGCUUUGUGCUGAUGAAGAAACGACAGAGCUUGAACUUUGUGCUGAAGAACUAAAACUUUCCACUGAUGAAGAUUCAAUGCUUGAAGAUCCUGUUGAAGUAAUGAAGUUGUCCACGCUAGUAGAUGGCACACUUAAUGAGCUUUCUUCUGAAGAACUCGUGCUGACAGAAACCGAAGAACUUGAACCACUUGAUCUUUGUGAUGAUGAAGAAGAUCCAAUGCUUGAACUUUGUGAUGACAGGCUGACUGAGCUUUCUUCUGAAGAACUAAAGCUGUCAGAAUCAGAACUACUUGAACCACUGAAACUUGGUGAUUCUGAAGAAGAUCCACUGCUUGAACUUUGUGAUGACAGACUGACUGAGCUUUCUUCUGAAGAACUAAUGCUGACAGAAACCGAAGAACUUGAACCACUUGAUCUUUGUGAUGAGGAAGAAGAUCCACUGCUUGAACUUUGUGAUGACAGACUGACUGAACUUUCUUCUGAAGAACUAAAGCUGUCAGAACCCGAAGAACUUGAACCAUUGGAACUUGGUGAUUCUGAAGAAGAUCCACUGUUUGAACUCUCUGAAGACACACUCACCGAGCUUUCCUCUGACGAACUUAAAUUAUCAGAAGAAGAAGAACUUGAUCCACUCAAACUUUGUGAUGUUGAGGAAGAUCCACCGUUUGAACUUUGUGAAGACAGAAUGACUGAGCUUUCUUCUGAAGAACUAAAGCUGUCAGAACCCGAUGAACUUAAGCCACUGGAACUUGGUGAUAAUGAAGAUAAUCCACUGCUUGAACUUUCUGAUGACACACUUACUGAGCUUUCCUCUGACGAACUAAAAUUGUCAGAAGCAGAAGAACUUGAUCCACUUAAGCUUUUUGAUGUUGAGGAAGAUCCACUGCUUGAAAAUUGUGAUGAAUCACUGACUGAGCUUACAUCUGAAGAACUAAAGCUGUCAAAAGCUGAAGAACUUGAACCACUUGAUGAUCUCUGUGAUGUUGAAGAAGAUGCACUGCUUGAACUUUGUGAUGACACACUGACUGAGCUUUCUUCUGAAGAACUAAAGCUGUCAGAUAAAGAAGAACUUGAUCCACUGGAACUUUGUGAUGUCGAAGAAGAUCCAGUGCUAGAACUUUGUGAUGGUGAACUAGAACUCUCCACAACAAAAGAUGAUCCACUGCUUGAGCUUUGUGCUGAUGAAGAAACGACAGAGCUUGAACUUUGUGCUGAAGAACUAAAACUUUCCACUGAUGAAGAUUCAAUGCUUGAAGAUCCUGUUGAAGUAACUAAGUUGUCCACGCUAGUAGAUGGCACACUUAAUGAGCUUUCUUCUGAAGAACUCGUGCUGACAGAAACCGAAGAACUUGAACCACUUGAUCUUUGUGAUGAUGAAGAAGAUCCACUGCUUGAACUUUGUGAUGACAGACUGACUGAGCUUUCUUCUGAAGAACUAAAGCUGUCAGAACCCGAACUACUUGAACCACUGAAACUUGGUGAUUCUGAAGAAGAUCCACUGCUUGAACUUUGUGAUGACAGACUGACUGAGCUUUCUUCUGAAACACUAAUGCUGACAGAAACCGAAGAACUUGAACCACUUGAUCUUUGUGAUGAGGAAGAAGAUCCACUGCUUGAACUUUGUGAUGACAGACUGACUGAGCUUUCUUCUGAAGAACUAAAGCUGUCAGAUCCCGAAGAACUUGAACCACUGGAACUUGGUGAUUCUGAAGAAGAUCCACUGCUUGAACUCUCUGAAGACACACUCACCGAGCUUUCCUCUGACGAACUUAAAUUAUCAGAAGAAGAAGAACUUGAUCCACUCAAACUUUGUGAUGUUGAGGAAGAUCCACCGUUUGAACUUUGCGAAGACAGAAUGACUGAGCUUUCCUCUGAAGAACUAAAGCUGUCAGAACCCGAUGAACUUAAGCCACUGGAACUUGGUGAUAAUGAAGAUAAUCCACUGCUUGAACUUUCUGAUGACACACUUACUGAGCUUUCCUCUGACGAACUAAAAUUGUCAGAAGCAGAAGAACUUGAUCCACUUAAGCUUUUUGAUGUUGAGGAAGAUCCACUGCUUGAAAAUUGUGAUGAAUCACUGACUGAGCUUACAUCUGAAGAACUAAAGCUGUCAGAAGCUGAAGAACUUGAACCACUUGAUGAUCUCUGUGAUGUUGAAGAAGAUGCACUGCUUGAACUUUGUGAUGACACACUGACUGAGCUUUCUUCUGAAGAACUAAAGCUGUCAGAUAAAGAAGAACUUGAUCCACUGGAACUUUGUGAUGUCGAAGAAGAUCCAGUGCUAGAACUUUGUGAUGAUGAAGUAGAACUCUCCUCAACAAAAGAUGAUCCACUGCUUGAGCUUUGUGCUGAUGAAGAAACGACAGAGCUUGAACUUUGUGCUGAAGAACUAAAACUUUCCACUGAUGAAGAUUCAAUGCUUGAAGAUCCUGUUGAAGUAAUGAAGUUGUCCACGCUAGUAGAUGGCACACUUAAUGAGCUUUCUUCUGAAGAACUCGUGCUGACAGAAACCGAAGAACUUGAACCACUUGAUCUUUGUGAUGAUGAAGAAGAUCCACUGCUUGAACUUUGUGAUGACAGACUGACUGAGCUUUCUUCUGAAGAACUAAAGGUGUCAGAACCCGAACUACUUGAACCACUGGAACUUGGUGAUUCUGAAGAAGAUCCACUGCUUGAACUUUGUGAUGACAGACUGACUGAGCUUUCUUCUGAAGAACUAAUGCUGACAGAAACCGAAGAACUUGAACCACUUGAUCUUUGUGAUGAGGAAGAAGAUCCACUGCUUGAACUUUGUGAUGACAGACUGACUGAGCUUUCUUCUGAAGAACUAAAGCUGUCAGAACCCGAAGAACUUGAACCACUGGAACUUGGUGAUUCUGAAGAAGAUCCACUGCUUGAACUCUCUGAAGACACACUCACCGAGCUUUCCUCUGACGAACUUAAAUUAUCAGAAGAAGAAGAACUUGAUCCACUCAAACUUUGUGAUGUUGAGGAAGAUCCACUGUUUGAACUUUGUGAUGACAGACUGACUGAGCUUUCUUCUGAAGAACUAAAGCUGUCAGAACCCGAAGAACUUGAACCACUGGAACUUGGUGAUAAUGAAGAUAAUCCACUGCUUGAACUUUCUGAUGACACACUUACUGAGCUUUCCUCUGACGAACUAAAAUUGUCAGGAGCAGAAGAACUUGAUCCACUUAAGCUUUUUGAUGUUGAGGAAGAUCCACUGCUUGAAAAUUGUGAUGAAUCACUGACUGAGCUUACAUCUGAAGAACUAAAGCUGUCAAAAGCUGAAGAACUUGAACCACUUGAUGAUCUCUGUGAUGUUGAAGAAGAUGCACUGCUUGAACUUUGUGAUGACACACUGACUGAGCUUUCUUCUGAAGAACUAAAGCUGUCAGAUAAAGAAGAACUUGAUCCACUGGAACUUUGUGAUGUCGAAGAAGAUCUUUGUGAUGAUGAACUAGAACUCUCCUCAACAAAAGAUGAUCCACUGCUUGAGCUUUGUGCUGAUGAAGAAACGACAGAGCUUGAACUUUGUGCUGAAGAACUAAAACUUUCCACUGAUGAAGAUUCAAUGCUUGAAGAUCCUGUUGAAGUAAUGAAGUUGUCCACGCUAGUAGAUGAAACCGAAGAACUUGAACCACUUGAUCUUUGUGAUGAUGAAGAAGAUCCACUGCUUGAACUUUGUGAUGACAGACUGACUGAGCUUUCUUCUGAAGAACUAAAGCUGUCAGAACCCGAAGAACUUGAACCACUGGAACUUGGUGAUUCUGAAGAAGAUCCACUGCUUGAACUUUGUGAUGACAGACUGACUGAGCUUUCUUCUGAAGAACUAAUGCUGACAGAAACCGAAGAACUUGAACCACUUGAUCUUUGUGAUGAGGAAGAAGAUCCACUGCUUGAACUUUGUGAUGACAGACUGACUGAGCUUUCUUCUGAAGAACUAAAGCUGUCAGAACCCGAAGAACUUGAACCACUGGAACUUGGUGAUUCUGAAGAAGAUCCACUGCUUGAACUUUCUGAAGACACACUCACCGAGCUUUCCUCUGACGAACUUAAAUUAUCAGAAGAAGAAGAACUUGAUCCACUCAAACUUUGUGAUGUUGAGGAAGAUCCUCUAUUUGAACUUUGUGAUAACAGACUGACUGAGCUUUCUUCUGAAGAACUAAAGCUGUCAGAACCCGAAGAACUUGAACCACUGGAACUUGGUGAUAAUGAAGAUAAUCCACUGCUUGAACUUUCUGAUGACACACUUACUGAGCUUUCCUCUGACGAACUAAAAUUGUCAGGAGCAGAAGAACUUGAUCCACUUAAGCUUUUUGAUGUUGAGGAAGAUCCACUGCUUGAAAAUUGUGAUGAAUCACUGACUGAGCUUACAUCUGAAGAACUAAAGCUGUCAAAAGCUGAAGAACUUGAACCACUUGAUGAUCUCUGUGAUGUUGAAGAAGAUGCACUGCUUGAACUUUGUGAUGACAAACUGACUGAGCUUUCUUCUGAAGAACUAAAGCUGUCAGAUAAAGAAGAACUUGAUCCACUGGAACUUUGUGAUGUCGAAGAAGAUCUUUGUGAUGAUGAACUAGAACUCUCCUCAACAAAAGAUGAUCCACUACUUGAGCUUUGUGCUAAUGAAGAAACGACAGAGCUUGAACUUUGUGCUGAAGAACUAAAACUUUCCAGUGAUGAAGAUUCAAUGCUUGAAGAUCCUGUUGAAGUAAUGAAGUUGUCCACGCUAGUAGAUGGCACACUUAAUGAGCUUUCUUCUGAAGAACUCGUGCUGACAGAAACCGAAGAACUUGAACCACUUGAUCUUUGUGAUGAUGAAAAAGAUCCACUGCUUGAACUUUACACACUCACCGAGCUUUCCUCUGACGAACUUAAAUCAUCAUCAGAAGAAGAACUUGAUCCACUCAAACUUUGUGAUGUUGAGGAAGAUCCACCGUUUGAAUUUUGUGAUGACAGACUGACUGAGCUUUCUUCUGAAGAACUAAAGCUGUCAGAACCCGAAGAACUUGAACCACUGGAACUUGGUGAUUCUGAAGAAGAUCCACUGCUUGAAUUUUCUGAAGACACACUCACCGAGCUUUCCUCUGACGAACUUAAAUCAUCAGAAGAAGAAGAACUUGAUCCACUCAAACUUUGUGAUGUUGAGGAAGAUCCACCGUUUGAAUUUUGUGAUGACAGACUGACUGAGCUUUCUUCUGAAGAACUAAAGCUGUCAGAACCCGAAGAACUUGAACCACUGGAACUUGGUGAUAAUGAAGAUAAUCUACUACUUGAACUUUCUGAUGAUACACUUACUGAGCUUUCCUCUGACGAACUAAAAUUGUCAGAAGCAGAAGAACUUGAUCCACUUAAGCUUUUUGAUGUUGAGGAAGAUCCACUGCUUGAAAAUUGUGAUGAAUCACCACUGACUGAGCUUACAUCUGAAGAACUAAAGCUGUCAAAAGCUGAAGAACUUGAACCACUUGAUGAUCUCUGUGAUGUUGAAGAAGAUGCACUGCUUGAACUUUGUGAUGACACACUGACUGAGCUUUCUUCUGAAGAACUAAAGCUAUCAGAUAAAGAAGAACUUGAUCCUCUAGAACUUUGUGAUGUCGAAAAAGAUCCAGCGCUAGAACUUUGUGAUGAUGAACUAGAACUCUCCUCAACAAAAGAUGAUCCACUGCUUGAGCUUUGUGCUGAUGAAGAAAUGACAGAGCUUGAACUUUGUGCUGAAGAACUAAAACUUUCCACUGAUGAAGAUUCAACGCUUGAAGAUCCUGUUGAAGUAAUGAAGUUGUCCACACUAGUAGAUGGCACACUUAAUGAGCUUUCUUCUGAAGAACUCGUGCUGACAGAAACCGAAGAACUUGAACCACUUGAUCUUUGUGAUUCUGAAGAAGAUCCACUGCUUGAACUUUGUGAUGACAGACUGACUGAGCUUUCUUCUGAAGAACUAAUGCUGACAGAAACCGAAGAACUUGAACCACUUGAUCUUUGCGAUGAGGAAGAAGAUCCACUGCUUGAACUUUGUGAUGACAGACUGACUGAGCUUUCUUCUGAAGAACUAAAGCUGUCGGAACCCGAAGAACUUGAACCACUGGAACUUGGUGAUUCUGAAGAAGAUCCACUGCUUGAACUCUCUGAAGACACACUCACCGAGCUUUCCUCUGACGAACUUAAAUUAUCAGAAGAAGAAGAACUUGAUCCACUCAAACUUUGUGAUGUUGAGGAAGAUCCACUGUUUGAACUUUGUGAUGACAGACUGACUGAACUUUCUUCUGAAGAACUAAAGCUGUCAGAACCCGAAAAACUUAAACCACUGGAACUUGGUGAUAAUGAAGAUAAUCCACUGCUUGAACUUUCUGAUGACACACUUACUGAGCUUUCCUCUGACGAACUAAAAUUGUCAGAAGCAGAAGAACUUGAUCCACUUAAGCUUUUUGAUGUUGAGGAAGAUCCACUGCUUGAAAAUUGUGAUGAAUCACUGACUGAGCUUACAUCUGAAGAACUAAAGCUGUCAAAAGCUGAAGAACUUGAACCACUUGAUGAUCUCUGUGAUGUUGAAGAAGAUGCACUGCUUGAACUUUGUGAUGACACACUGACUGAGCUUUCUUCUGAAGAACUAAAGCUGUCAGAUAAAGAAGAACUUGAUCCACUGGAACUUUGUGAUGUCGAAGAAGAUCUUUGUGAUGAUGAACUAGAACUCUCCUCAACAAGAGAUGAUCCACUGCUUGAGCUUUGUGCUGAUGAAGAAACGACAGAGCUUGAACUUUGUGCUGAAGAACUAAAACUUUCCACUGAUGAAGAUUCAAUGCUUGAAGAUCCUGUUGAAGUAAUGAAGUUGUCCACGCUAGUAGAUGAAACCGAAGAACUUGAACCACUUGAUCUUUGUGAUGAAGAAAAUCCACUGCUUGAACUCUGUGAUGACAGACUGACUGAGCUUUCUUCUGAAGAACUAAAGCUGUCAGAACCCGAAGAACUUGAACCAGUGGAACUUGGUGAUGAUGAAGAAGAUCCACUGCUUGAACUUUGUGAUGACAGACUGACUGAGCUUUCUUCUGAAGAACUGAAGCUGUCAGAACCCGAAGAACUUGAACCAGUGGAACUUGGUGAUUCUGAAGAUGAUCCACUGCUUGAACUUUCUGAAGACACACUGACCGAGCUUUCCUCUGACGAACUUAAAUUAUCAGAAGCAGAAGAACUUGAUCCACUUAAGCUUUUUGAUGUUGAGGAAGAUCCACUGCUUGAAAAUUGUGAUGAAUCACUGACUGAGCUUACAUCUGAAGAACUAAAGCUGUCAAAAGCUGAAGAACUUGAACCACUUGAUGAUCUCUGUGAUGUUGAAGAAGAUGCACUGCUUGAACUUUGUGAUGACACACUGACUGAGCUUUCUUCUGAAGAACUAAAGCUGUCAGAUAAAGAAGAACUUGAUCCACUGGAACUUUGUGAUGUCGAAGAAGAUCUUUGUGAUGAUGAACUAGAACUCUCCUCAACAAGAGAUGAUCCACUGCUUGAGCUUUGUGCUGAUGAAGAAACGACAGAGCUUGAACUUUGUGCUGAAGAACUAAAACUUUCCACUGAUGAAGAUUCAAUGCUUGAAGAUCCUGUUGAAGUAAUGAAGUUGUCCACGCUAGUAGAUGGCACACUUAAUGAGCUUUCUUCUGAAGAACUCGUGCUGACAGAAACCGAAGAACUUGAACCACUUGAUCUUUGUGAUGAAGAAAAUCCACUGCUUGAACUCUGUGAUGACAGACUGACUGAGCUUUCUUCUGAAGAACUAAAGCUGUCAGAACCCGAAGAACUUGAACCAGUGGAACUUGGUGAUGAUGAAGAAGAUCCACUGCUUGAACUUUGUGAUGACAGACUGACUGAGCUUUCUUCUGAAGAACUGAAGCUGUCAAAACCCGAAGAACUUGAACCAGUGGAACUUGAUCCACUGCUUGAAAAUUGUGAUGAAUCACUGACUGAGCUUACAUCUGAAGAACUAAAGCUGUCAAAAGCUGAAGAACUUGAACCACUUGAUGAUCUCUGUGAUGUUGAAGAAGAUGCACUGCUUGAACUUUGUGAUGACACACUGACUGAGCUUUCUUCUGAAGAACUAAAGCUGUCAGAUAAAAAAGAACUUGAUCCACUGGAACUUUGUGAUGUCGAAGAAGAUCCAGUGCUAGAACUUUGUGAUGGUGAACUAGAACUCUCCACAACAAAAGAUGAUCCACUGCUUGAGCUUUGUGAUGAUGAAGAAACGCCAGGGCUUGAACUUUGUGCUGAAGAACUAAAACUUUCCACUGAUGAAGAUUCAAUGCUUGAAGAUCCUGUUGAAGUAAUGAAAUUGUCCACGCUAGUAGAUGGCACACUUAAUGAGCUUUCUUCUGAAGAACUCGUGCUGACAGAAACCGAAGAACUUGAACCACUUGAUCUUUGUGAUGAUGAAGAAGAUCCACUGCUUGAACCUUGUGAUGACAGACUGACUGAGCUUUCUUCUGAAGAACUAAAGCUGUCAGAACCCGAAGAACUUGAACCACUGGAACUUGGUGAUUCUGAAGAAGAUCCACUGCUUGAAUUCUCUGAAGACACACUCACCGAGCUUUCCUCUGACGAACUUAAAUUAUCAGAAGAAGAAGAAGAACUUGAUCCACUCAAACUUUGUGAUGUUGAGGAAGAUCCACUGUUUGAACUUUGUGAUGACAGACUGACUGAGCUUUCUGCUGAAGAACUAAAGCUGUCAGAACCCGAAGAACUUAAACCACUGGAACUUGGUGAUAAUGAAGAUAAUCCACUGCUUGAACUUUCUGAUGACACACUUAUUGAGCUUUCCUCUGACGAACUAAAAUUGUUAGAAGCAGAAGAACUUGAUCCACUUAAGCUUUUUGAUGUUGAGGAAGAUCCACUGCUUGAAAAUUGUGAUGAAUCACUGACUGAGCUUACAUCUGAAGAACUAAAGCUGUCAAAAGCUGAAGAACUUGAACCACUUGAUGAUCUCUGUGAUGUUGAAGAAGAUGCACUGCUUGAACUUUGUGAUGACCCACUGACUGAGCUUUCUUCUGAAGAACUAAAGCUGUCAGAUAAAGAAGAACUUGAUCCACUGGAACUUUGUGAUGUCAAAGAAGAUCUUUGUGAUGAUGAACUAGAACUCUCCUCAACAAAAGAUGAUCCACUGCUUGAGCUUUGUGCUGAUGAAGAAACGACAGAGCUUGAACUUUGUGCUGAAGAACUAAAACUUUCCACUGAUGAAGAUUCAAUGCUUGAAGAUCCUGUUGAAGUAACUAAGUUGUCCACGCUAGUAGAUGGCACACUUAAUGAGCUUUCUUCUGAAGAACUCGUGCUGACAGAAACCGAAGAACUUGAACCACUUGAUCUUUGUGAUGAUGAAGAAGAUCCAAUGCUUGAACUUUGUGAUGACAGGCUGACUGAGCUUUCUUCUGAAGAACUAAAGCUGUCAGAACCCGAACUACUUGAACCACUGAAACUUGGUGAUUCUGAAGAAGAUCCACUGCUUGAACUUUGUGAUGACAGACUGACUGAGCUUUCUUCUGAAGAACUAAUGCUGACAGAAACCGAAGAACUUGAACCACUUGAUCUUUGUGAUGAGGAAGAAGAUCCACUGCUUGAACUUUGUGAUGACAGACUGACUGAGCUUUCUUUUGAAGAACUAAAGCUGUCAGAUCCCGAAGAACUUGAACCACUGGAACUUGGUGAUUCUGAAGAAGAUCCACUGCUUGAACUCUCUGAAGACACACUCACCGAGCUUUCCUCUGACGAACUUAAAUUAUCAGAAGAAGAAGAACUUGAUCCACUCAAACUUUGUGAUGUUGAGGAAGAUCCACCGUUUGAACUUUGUGAAGACAGACUGACUGAGCUUUCUUCUGAAGAACUAAAGCUGUCAGAACCCGAAGAACUUAAGCCACUGGAACUUGGUGAUAAUGAAGAUAAUCCACUGCUUGAACUUUCUGAUGACACACUUACUGAGCUUUCCUCUGACGAACUAAAAUUGUCAGAAGCAGAAGAACUUGAUCCACUUAAGCUUUUUGAUGUUGAGGAAGAUCCACUGCUUGAAAAUUGUGAUGAAUCACUGACUGAGCUUACAUCUGAAGAACUAAAGCUGUCAAAAGCUGAAGAACUUGAACCACUUGAUGAUCUCUGUGAUGUUGAAGAAGAUGCACUGCUUGAACUUUGUGAUGACACACUGACUGAGCUUUCUUCUGAAGAACUAAAGCUGUCAGAUAAAGAAGAACUUGAUCCACUGGAACUUUGUGAUGUCGAAGAAGAUCUUUGUGAUGAUGAACUAGAACUCUCCUCAACAAAAGAUGAUCCACUGCUUGAACUUUGUGCUGAAGAACUAAAACUUUCCACUGAUGAAGAUUCAAUGCUUGAAGAUCCUGUUGAAGUAACUAAGUUGUCCACGCUAGUAGAUGGCACACUUAAUGAGCUUUCUUCUGAAGAACUCGUGCUGACAGAAACCGAAGAACUUGAACCACUUGAUCUUUGUGAUGAAGAAAAUCCACUGCUUGAACUCUGUGAUGACAGACUGACUGAGCUUUCUUCUGAAGAACUAAAGCUGUCAGAACCCGAAGAACUUGAACCAGUGGAACUUGGUGAUGAUGAAGAAUAUCCACUGCUUGAACUUUGUGAUGACAGACUGACUGAGCUUUCUUCUGAAGAACUGAAGCUGUCAGAACCCGAAGAACUUGAACCACAGGAACUUGGUGAUUCUGAAGAUGAUCCACUGCUUGAAAUUUCUGAAGACACACUGACCGAGCUUUCUUCUGACGAACUUAAAUUAUCAGAAGCAGAAGAACUUGAUCCACUUAAGCUUUUUGAUGUUGAGGAAGAUCCACUGCUUGAAAAUUGUGAUGAAUCACUGACUGAGCUUACAUCUGAAGAACUAAAGCUGUCAAAAGCUGAAGAACUUGAACCACUUGAUGAUCUCUGUGAUGUUGAAGAAGAUGCACUGCUUGAACUUUGUGAUGACAAACUGACUGAGCUUUCUUCUGAAGAAUUAAAGCUGUCAGAUAAAGAAGAACUUGAUCCACUGGAACUUUGUGAUGUUGAAGAAGAUCCAGUGCUAGAACUUUGUGAUGAUGAAGUAGAACUCUCCUCAAAAAAAGAUGAUCCACUGCUUGAGCUUUGUGAUGAUGAAGAAACGCCAGAGCUUGAACUUUGUGCUGAAGAACUAAAACUUUCCACCGAUGAAGAUCCAGUGCUUGAAGAUCUUGUUGAACUGUCAGAAUUCGAAGAAAUUGUUGCACUUAAACUUUGUGAUGUUGAAGAUUCACUGCUUGAACUUUUUGAUGAAGGACUGACUGAGCUUUGUUCUGAAGAACUGAAGCUGUCAGAAACCGAUGAACCUGAACCACUUGAAAUUUUUGAUGUUGAAGAAGAUCCACUGCUUGAGCUUUCUUUUGUUGAACUGAUGCUAUCCACAGCUGAAAAAGAAUUGUUGCUUGAACUUCGUCCAGAGGAACUAAUGCUGUUAACAUCUUAUGACGGUCUUGUGUUUGAACUGUCUAUUACGGAACUAGAUCUGGGAUUCUGUGAAGAUUCAUUGCUUUAA